AUCGUCACUAUAGCAACGGAUUUAAUCUUGUAAGUUAGCGUGUGAACACAUUCGCCUGUUUUUUUAUAUUCGUGACACUAUAUCUCAGUCAAACAUGAUGGAGGAAUCAGAUACGUACCACAUCCGACCUAACCAUCGGUUCAAGUUUAAGCCAGCCGUCGUAAAGGGAUACAUCCGUAAUAUUGUGAGGGAGCGUCUUUCUGAUGUGCAGUACGAACCAGAGACUGUCGCAGAGCUGACCCGUUCACUGGCAGAGAGCGUAAAGGACAAAGUGAAGACUGCAGAAUUUGACAGAUACAAGAUUGUUGUGCAGGUGCUCAUUGGAGAACAACGAGGACAAGGAGUAAAGAUGUCUGCUAGGUGUUUGUGGGACGCAGACACGGACAACUAUGCAGAAGAUGUUUUCAUGAAUGACAGCUUGUUCUGUGUGGUGACAGUUUUUGGAAGCUAUUAUUACUGAAGACUUGAAGCAUGGAUGACAGCAAAUCCUUUUAUAUAUAGAGUUAUGAAAUGAACAUUUCUGAGACGGCACACUGCCAGCUCUUCAGCUUCUGGAGAGUGGAAAUAUGUCAUUUCUGUCUUUUUCAGAAGUAUGAUUCUCACACAUCCUGUACAGGACCUUUGCUGAUGUAGUGAUAAUAUAAUGAAUGCUCUCAAUGUAAUUUUCUGACUUGACAAGAUAGAGAUUGAUGACAGAAGCUGUUUGAACAGCUAAUUCUGGAUUGCACCUAAUGAUGUGCCAGCCUGGACUCCCAGGUGCUGACUAGAUGGUGUCAGUUCAGCUGGGCAAAGGAACUUUCCCAAAUUCAUUUUAUUUUAAAGGAUAAUUCAAUAAAAAUAAAUUAUUUUAACCAACACAUGUUAUUGUUUAUGUUUUGGAGCUGCUGCAUCAGAAAAUGUCAGAAUCAUGACAGAAAUGAUAAUCAACUUUUAUAAUUAUAGAACAAGACAACACAAAUCUGGAUAUUUGGACAUAUCUGGGUAGCAUCACAAUUAUUACCACUUUAUUCUGUAUUCUACAAAUUUUAGUACUUCCUUCACAGUUAUGCGUUAGCUUAGUUUUCUGGGAAUAUUCAAAUGUCCUUUUGGACUCUAUGCCUAAGCAAUUUAAAUGUUUAGAGCUACACAGACAUCUUCUAUAACGGGUUAAAGAAACUGUUCAUAUUUGGAAAAUAAUACUGUCAUCAAAUUUAAGCUGAAAAAAAUAGCCAAGUAAAGACAUUAAUGAUGAAAAAUGAAACUAUAUCCUUACAUGCUGCUGACCAAACAGAGUAGGCUAAACACAUGGGACUUUUCAUUUUUUUUAUGACUGAAAAGAGGUUUUUGUUCCUACAAAAUGACUCACAUCUUCUACCUACAAUGUCUGAGUUGUCUCACAUCUCCCUCUAAAUGAAUCCAAUAAAAUUCAACAUCUACUUUUUUUAACCGUUUCAUUUCCUAAACUUCCACAUAAACUUCAUAUUUUACAGAUAGUUGCUGUCAAAUUGAGUGCCUGGAGUUCAACUGAAGGUUUGCUUAAUGUGGAAAUUACAAAAUACUCUUCUAUUGUAAUCAUUUGUUACAAUGAAAAUACGCAUUUUGUUGUCUUCUCGUCUCGUUCCCAGCGAAGCUUUAAAUCAAUUGUCUUCUUAGUUAAUGUUUUAAAAAUCCAACUCACUGAUUAAUUUGUCUUCCUGUCUUCUUUAUCUCUGCACAAUCUGUUAUCUCUUGGCUUUGAUCUGGAUGCUGUGUUUGUCACUGAUACCUUAUCUGCUGAUGUAAGCACAAAGUCUGGCGACAGAACAAUAUCCUAAUCAUUCUUUGGUCAUGACCAUACCUUUGGCUAAGACUGCUCCAUAAUGAAGGAUGUCUGCUGCAGCAAAAACAUCACUAUAACUCAGUGGUUUGUGGGUAGGUAGGAUUCCCCGAGCUUGUAGAAAUGUUCUUCUCUACUUAUAUUACUUCUAUUUUUUAGCAGACUACAUAAUGUAAACAGCCCUGGUCUAGGAGAAUUCCCAGUAAUCUGCUAUCAGUCAUUUAAUAUGUGUACAUUAAAUGCAUAAUCACCCAUUUAAAUGUGAGCAAACCACAUCAGCACACAGGGAUGUUUUUUGGUCAGGCUAAGGUAGGAGCAGAUCAAAUCAACAGUUUCAAAAUUAGAAACACUGGCAAAUAGUUUUGUGCAUAUAUCCCCGGGUUAUGUUUAUUCAGCAGAGUUUGUUGUUUACUGCUGUGCUUCUGGCCACUGUCGUAAUGCAUGUACGGUUUAGUUGGUGUUAUUGAACCUUGGGGCCUUUGAUUUUAUUCCAGGAUAAAUUGCUGUUCAGUGAUUCUCCAUUUCAUAGUUUCUAAACAUUCUUCACUGUUAUUUUUUCAAUACCUUAUGUGUCUUCUGUUGUAAUAUUCCUAUUACAGUAUUUACAUCUUACUUUCUGUCUGUUCAAACAAUGUUUUUCAUUUUAAGUUUUUACAUGUGCAGCAGCUCUUUAAAAUGGUCUUUUGUUGAUCUUUGAAGGCAGACAGUGUCCCUAUUUAAAUUUUCAGCCUCACUUGUUCAGUUUUCCUCUAACUGUCUAACUGUCCUCAAUCAUAUCAUUUAAAGCUCUAACUGAGACCUG